CCGGUUCGGGCGGGGAGGCGGCGAUGACGUCAUCGCGCGAUAGCGCGGGCAGGAAGCGGAGCGCUGACAGCGCGGACACCCCGAGGAGCAGCAGGAGCAGCAGCAGGAGCAGCAGCAGGAGGAGCAGCAGGAGGAGCAGCAGCAGGAGCAGGAGGAGGAGCAGGAGGAGGAGCAGCAGGAGGAGCAGGAGGAGGAGCAGCAGCAGGAGGAGCAGCGGGGAGAGAUGCUGCCCGUUACCGUGAACAUCAAGCUGCCCGCGCGCUCGCUGCCCGGGGCGCUGCACGCCAACAACCGCCUCGCCGCGGACUGGGGAUGGCAGGGCUUGCUGGCAUAUGGAUGCCAUUCGCUGGUCAUGGUGGUGGAUCCUCGCACGGCCCAGACAAUCCAGGCUCUGGACAAACACAAGGCAACAGUCGUCAAGGUGAAAUGGGCUCGGGAGAACUACCACCACGAUGCGUGCGCCCCCUACUCCGCCCGCUUGGCCUCGGGGGACGCUAGCGGCAAAAUCGUGGUGUGGGACGUGGCCGCGGGCGGAGCGCGCUGCGAGAUCCAGGAGUACACGAAGCCUGUGCAGGACAUGGAGUGGCUGUGGAGCCAGGACGCCAGCCUGGACCUGCUUCUCGCCGUGCAUCCCCCGAACUUGCUGGUGCUGUGGAACGCAGACACGGGCACCAAGCUGUGGAAGAAGAGCUACGCGGAGAACAUCAUCUCCUUCUCCUGCGACCCCUUUGAUCCCUCCAGCCUCGCCCUGCUGACGAGCGAGGGCAUGGUGUUCGUGCACGACUUCUCCCCAUCGAGGCCGCCACCGAGCGCAGGCAGGAAGGUUUACAUCUCCAGCCCCAGCUCAAGCACCGCCGGUGUUGCCGCGGCAGCGGGACGCGCUCCCACGGGCGCCCGGCGAGCGCUCAACCGUGUCAAGACGCUGAUCACCGACGAGAAGCCGAGUGUGGAGGGGGUGCUGCUCACAGAGUGCAUCCAGAUGUCGUACCUGCCCGCCCACCGCUCCCACAUGCUGCUGCUGUACCCACGCGAGAUCGUCAUCCUCGACCUGGAGAUCAGCCAGACAGUUGGCAUCGUCGCCAUCGAGCGCAGCGGCGUGCCCUUCCUGCAGGUAAUCCCGUGCCGCCAGCGCGAUGCCCUCUUCUGUCUGCACGAGAACGGCUGCGCCACCCUGCGGGUGCGGCGCCCCAACCGCCCCAGCGUGCCCGUGCUGGCCCCCGCCGAUGAGGCCGAGGUGGACUGUGUGUCUGCGGACGUGGUGUACGAGCUGCGCUGUCAGUCGGACGCGGUGCGCGUCACCAAGACGGUGCGCCCCAUGGCGCUGGGCUGCUGCCCCGUGGGGGAGAAUGCGGCGGCCAUGCUGGUGAGCGACGGACGCUUGCUCGUGUGGGAGCUGCACGCCACACGCGGCUGUGCUCAGGGUGGCUCCUCUCAGCUGCUGUCUCCGCUCUCCUUCUGCGGGGCACUUGCUGGGCCACGCACCCCCACGCUGCCGGACCUUUCCCUCGACAGCGCCUUUGGCCAGUGCCUGGUGUUUGCGGACGAGCACUCCGCAAGGCCGCCGGGUCCGCAGCAGGAAGUUUCCCUGCGCUUCCUGCUCACGGGGCUGCUCUCCGGCCUGCCGCCCCCGCCGUUUGUGCUGCGCAUGUGCCCCCCACUCACCACCAAGAACCUGGAGCAGUACCAGCCCCUGCUGGCCGUCG